GCCUUCAGUGAUCUGAUCUCACACACCACUCAUCUCAUCCCUAGCUAGCGCUCCAUUGCUAGCUGUGCCUGUGCUGUGCUGGAGCCACACACACCCUUGUUUCUUUAGCAUGCCGUCUCUCCUCUCACACUAAGUUAGCUUACUCAUCUCUCUCCUACUGUUAGGGUUUGCGCAAUCAGUACCUUUUCCCGGCCGACCCCUCUCUCUAUCUCAUGACUCAUGACAUCCACCUCGACUAGCAAUAGCUAGCCCAGUGUCACUCUCUUUGGAUUGAUUUCUCUCUCUAUCCAUGUUUGCAGAGAGCUUCUGUACAUGUACUUGCUCAUGACCCUCUCUUAGUAGCUAAGGAAAUGCCACAUAAAUUAUAAAAGGGAGAGCACUUGCUUUGGGAGAAAAGUUGUGGUUUGGUUUUCCCCUCCUCUCUCUCUCACACACACACUCUUCUUCUUCCUCUGUUUCUUCUUGCUUUCACUACUUGUCUUCUCAGCUUCAAACUCUCACAAAGUAGUAGUCACUGGGUAGUCAGCAAGGCAAGGAAUCAGCUAGUACUGUCCAAGAAUCACAUCGCCAUGGGUUUCUCCUCGUUCCCAAUCUUCCUCGACCCUCCGAAUUGGAGCCAGAUGCAGCAGCAGCCUCUCCAGUGCCUGAUGAGCGGCGGCGGCGGCAGCGACCACGACCACCACCACCAUCUGAUCCCUCCGCCGUCCAGCCAGCAUCAGCAGCAGCUAGCUCCACUUCCCUGCAACAACAACCCCAGCAACACUAACACGGCAACAAGCGGGCCGCCGCCCUCCUCGCUGCAGCAUCAGCAGCCCUCGUCCGGGGAUCCGGCGGCCCAGCCCCUGGCCCAAGCCCAGGCCCCGUCGGCCCAGGUGGCGCCGUCGUCAGGGGUGACGUCGAUGACGGAGCGGGCCCGGCUGGCCCGGGUGCCGCUCCCGGAGCCCGGGACGCUCCGGUGCCCGCGCUGCGACUCGGCCAACACCAAGUUCUGCUACUUCAACAACUACUCCCUGUCGCAGCCGAGGCACUUCUGCAAGGCCUGCCGCCGCUACUGGACCCGCGGCGGCGCGCUCCGCAACGUCCCCGUCGGCGGCGGCUGCCGCCGCAACACCAAGCGCUCCAACUCCAAGAAGUCCUCGCGCUCCAACAACUCCCAGUCCCAGUCGCAGGCCACGUCAUCCGCCACGUCGUCCUGCUCCACGACCACCGCCACCUCCGCCAGCACCACCAGCGCCGCCGCCAUGCAGGCGCUGCCGCACCACCUGGCACUCCAGCUGGACGCCUCGCUGGACGGGUACCAUGGCCAUCAUGCCCAGCUGCAGUUUCUGCCGGCGUUCAUGCAGCUGCAGCAGCAGCAGCAAGGGAUGAUGAUGCAGCACGGGGGCCAUGGCGGCGGGUACGGCCACUUCGCUGACGGCGGCGUCGGCGAUGUGGGCUCCGCUGGACAGCAGCAGCUGCCGGACGGGUUCCCGAGGGGGAUGGUGGCGUCGGGGUUGCUGGCGCAGCUGGCGUCGAUCAAGAUGGAGGAGCACGGCGUUGCAAAUGGCGGCGGUGGGAUUGGCGGCGGUGGGGGUUUCCAGCUGGGCCUUCAGGGAGCCCAUGAGCAGUAUUGGCCCGGAAGCGGCGGUGGUGGCGGCGGGUGGCCCACGGAGUUCCUGUCCGGGUUCAGCUCCUCGUCGUCGGGGAAUGUCUUGUGACCGUCGGGGAUAUGCAAUGCAAUGCAAUGCAUGCAUAUAUAUAUGCAGUAUGCACCGGUGUUACUGAAUUAGGUCCUCCCUGCUGCCUUAGUUUAAGUUUAGAGUUCAGUACUAUGAGUACUAUAUAUGUGGUAUGGUCUUGUGUCGUUCGAUAUAUCAGGAUGGGCGUGUUGUUGGUUUAUUUUAACCUUGAGUUAUAAGUCGGCUAGAAUGGUGUCUUUUUUUUUUACCUACUUGUGCCUGAUUUCGUGGGUUUUGUGUAGUGGGGAAUUACUGUUUCCAAGUUUGUUAAAUGCACGCAAAAGGAGGGUGAUAUGAUCGAGAUGUGUGUUAGGGUACUUAACAAUGUACGAUGUUUGAAUUCAAUUACAUGAGGAACUUGGUAUGAAAACUUUCAUA